AUGUGGUUGAAUGGACUGCAAUUCGUCCACCAGUCGUUCCCGGGUGACACCAGCACGAGGAGGCGGCAGAAACGUGUGGUCCACUCGAAUGCUGCGCGAGCGGCCCACGCAGAGGCCCGGCGCUGCCGGACCAUCGAAUACCAGGCUUCCAAGACCCGGGCUGCAGAGGGCAGCCAGCUAUCAGGCAGUAAUGAUUCUGGAUCCGGCGAAGUAGUGGCCUCUAGAAUGCCGAGACAGCUGGCUUCUGGCCGGAAAGACCCCUUCACGAGCUUCGUCCGUCCCUUCAAGCCCGUGGAGCACUUCCUCCUGGAUUACUAUGUGACAGCUGUUGUGCCCCUGAUGCGCUGCAACGAGCCCGAGACCUAUUACGUUGAGCGGAUGGUUCGAGCGUGGGUGCCACUCGCGUUGACAGAUCCAGGGCUUUUGAACUCCCUCUUUCUGACCGCAUCCCGGCACUUGUCCGGAAAAUAUCAGCAGCAGCAGCAACAGCGGUUUACAGAGCUCUCUGCACAGUACAAGCUCGAUUGUGUGCGGUCGUUGAUGGAGUCCCUCUCCACCAGAAGCUCCUUUGACGAUGCCACGAUAGCAAAGAGCGUGAUGUUGGCAUAUGACGAGCUGACGGUUUAUGAUGCUGCUAUGGCGAGGAACCAUCUAGCGGGUGCUGUCAAGAUGGUGCAGCUCAACGGCGGAUACCAGACGCUCGGUCUGGAUGGCUUCCUCGAGAAGCUGAUUUGCAGUCUUCUCCUGAAAUUUAGCGGCGGUACUCACACUCCUCCCAGACUUCCCAGACUAGGACCGGUGUCGACGUCGGAAAUGUAA